UCAGUGAAGAACCUUGGAAGUCAUAAUAACUUACCUUUUCUAGUCGUUCCCACUCUCCCUGUCGCAGAACAAUGUGUCACAAUUCCAGUCACCUGUCGACCAUGUACUUUCCGCGAAUAAAAAUCAAACAAUUCCAGUCUGAUUCAUCCUCCAAAUUAUGUCUGAUCAACUGAGCUGAAGAAUGAGGGGAAUAAUUCUCUUUCUGAUCUUCCAAUUGUUGACCGUCAUUCACCUGUCAAUCGAGUGAAAGGGAUUAUCGAUGAAUUUUUUUUGUCUCACAUCAGAUGUACAUCGAGAAACUUAUUGUGCGAGUGGUACCCGAGAAAGUGAGAAAAAAUGCCGGACUAGGGACAGAACGGCUCGCACCCGGAUGGUCUCCACCGUAACCUGAAAUACUACGAGACACUCCACGCCUCCCAUCUCCACCACAUGAUCGUAAAACGUGGAGCACAGCACAGCAGCCACCCCUACAACAAGAUCAACGAAGUGGAGUUCUACGCACACGGUCGCCACUUCCGUCUGAUUCUCACCCCAAGACGCGAAGUCAUUCACUCGAAAUUCAAAGCCUACGAGGUGUCAGCAGACGGUGAGGAGAAGACAGUUCACCUGGAUCAUGACAAAUUUUAUCACGGACGUGUCUUCGGUGAAUUGGAUUCCCACGCACAACUGCACAUCGACGAUGGGAUAAUGACUGGUAGCAUCACCAUCGACGAUCAGACGUACCAUAUCGAGCCAUCCUGGAGGCACCUGCCUCACCUGGACAACAGCAGCAUGAUAAUGUACAAAGCGUCUGAUGUGAAACUGAGCUGGGAGCACGUGGACAAAAAUGGCGAGGGACACACUCAUGGGGUUCCGAGGACUUGUGGGUACGUGCAAGAGGGAGAAGACAGUCGUGACGAUGAUGAUGAGGAUGAUGAGGUGCUGGUGAACAGGACCAUGUCGAGACGAAAACGCCAGGCAGAGGCCUAUGAGUACACUCCGACGAAGACGAGGUGUCCGUUGCUACUGGUGGCGGACUACAGAUUCUACCAAGAGAUGGGGGCCAGUAGCACCAAGACGACGAUUAAUUAUCUGAUAAGUUUGAUCGAUCGAGUUCACAAGAUCUAUAAUGACACACUCUGGCAGGAUCGUAUGGAGCAGGAUGGCUUCAAGGGGAUGGGAUUCGUCAUUAAGAAAAUCGUCGUACAUAGCGAACCCACGAGGGUUCGGGGAGGGGAUACGCAUUACAAUAUGGUGCGAGAAAAGUGGGACGUGCGGACACUGCUAGAGGUCUUCAGUCGUGAGUACAGUCACAAGGAUUUCUGCCUGGCCCAUCUGUUCACCGAUCUUAAAUUCGAGGGUGGCAUUCUGGGUCUCGCUUAUGUCGGUUCACCAAGACGAAAUAGUGUCGGUGGCAUCUGCACUCCAGAGUACUUUAAGAAUGGUUACACUUUGUACCUGAAUUCAGGCCUGAGCUCGAGUAGAAAUCACUACGGUCAGAGGGUGAUAACGAGAGAGGCAGACCUGGUGACUGCUCACGAGUUCGGACACAAUUGGGGCUCGGAGCACGAUCCCGAUGUGUCUGAGUGCAGCCCCAGCGCUUCUCAGGGGGGAUCGUAUCUUAUGUAUACGUACAGCGUGAGCGGUUACGAUGUUAAUAAUAAGAGGUUCUCCCCCUGCAGUUUGAGGUCCAUUAAAAAGGUGCUGCAGGCCAAGUCUGGCCGAUGUUUCUCCGAGCCCGAGGAAUCAUUUUGCGGUAAUCUACGUGUCGAGGGUGACGAGGAGUGUGAUGCAGGUCUCCUGGGUACCGAGGACAACGACGCAUGCUGCGACAAGAACUGCAAAUUGCGGAGAAAUCAGGGGGCGGUCUGCAGUGACAAGAAUUCCCCCUGUUGUCAGAACUGCGUCUUCAUGAGACUCGGGAUAAAAUGCAGGGAUGCUCAGUACGCAACCUGUGAGCAAGAGUCCAGGUGCACUGGCACCUCCAGCGAGUGCCCAAAAUCACCAGCAAUGAAGAAUGGAACUGCAUGCCUGGAGAGGGGCCAGUGCAGGCUGGGCAAGUGUGUGCCUUACUGCGAGACCCAGGGCCUUCAGAGCUGCAUGUGCGAUACCAUCGGGGAUGCGUGUAAAAGGUGCUGCAGGAUGAGCCUCAACGAGACUUGCUUUCCCAUCGAUCCACCUGAUAUUCUUCCUGAUGGUACGCCCUGCAUUCAGGGCUUCUGCAACAAGGGCAUCUGCGAGAAAACUAUUCAGGACGUGGUGGAGAGAUUCUGGGAUAUCAUCGAAGAUAUCAAUAUUAAUAAAGUCAUUAGGUUUCUGAAGGAUAACAUCGUUGGAGCUGUUAUCAUCAGUACUGCUAUCGUUUGGUUGCCUGCGAGCUGCAUCGUUAGCUACAUUGACAGCAGGCGGAUCAAGGAUAACGAGAAGAAGUGGAAAUGGAAGAAUACAGAUGCUCUCAUCCACCCAGAGGACAAGAGGAGGGUCAUCCAGGUGGUGCUACCUAUCAGGGGGAGUGUGGAGCAGGGGUGAGGGGAGUGGAGUUGAGAGUGGGACCUGAGGAGUUUUUUUUUUUCUUCAAAUUUUUAUGUCUCUGCAAGAGAAGAGUUGAAAUGGAGGUUUUACCUGAUGAAAAAUGAGAGCUGGUGCGGGAAUAUUUCUGCUCAUGUCUGGGGGAAAUGAGCAGAGGGGCGUUUUAUAUAAUGCCAUUGAAUUAAGUAUGGGAAUUCUGAUGGGGAACAGUAGAUAGGAGUUUCGAAAUUAAGGGUUUAUCUAUUGUCCCUUCUGGGGAAUUGGGGGCGUGCUGGGUAUAAUUAAGGAGAGACUUAUUUAAAUACUUAAGCUUUUUAAUACUUUAAGUAGUGAAUAUUGCAGUAUUUAGUAUUUGUAUCCCUUAUAAAUACCAAAUAUAGAAAUAUGUCAUACAUAUUUCACAUAUCACAACAUACAUAUUUCAUAUGUCACAUAUGUAAGAUGUGAUACAUAUGUUGUAAUAUUUAGGGUUAAUGAAAUAAAAUACUAAAUACUGGGGUAGUUACUUACUUGGAGAACGCCAAAUACUGAAUAUUCGUGUACUUAAUACUUGAACGUUUCGUGAAUGGGAAGUAUCGUUCGUAUUUAGUACUUGAAUUUGUCUUAAAUAAGAGAUAAUUUGUAUCUAAAUAACUGGUAUUUAGUAUUCUCAACGAGAAAAACAAAUUCGAAUUGGGAUUAACUGAUGAAAUGGGGACUUAUGCAAUUUUAUGAUAUUUUCUGAUUAACAAAUGAACUCUGAAUGAAUUCUAGGGUACCAAUUUCAUUUUAAACUGUAUAAAAAUACAGAAUAAUUUUUUUUCACUAACAAAAAUUGCAAUUUAGAGAUGAAGAAUAGGGCGAAGCGAAAAAUACGUAUUCCUUAAUUGUCAGUUCUCCAUAAAGUAUUCAAGUGUUCUAAAAAUCAGCGUACAAACACCUGCCUACUGUUCCUGGAGAGUAUUCCAGGUCCUUUCAUUCAUCAAUCUAGUCAGUAUUCCAUGCAUGUGUUCACAUUUCGUUUGGAUAAAUGUUUUUAUAAUUUCUGAAUUUUAAGGAAUAAUAAAUAUAAUAUAAUUCAGAA